UAUAUCCCUAAUGAUUGCAGGAAAUGCAGCAGGUGAGGUUCUACCACCUUAUGUGGUAUACAAAUCAAAACAUUUAUGGGACACGUGGACAAAUAAUGGCCCACCUGGUACUCGCUACGCCAACACAGCAUCUGGGUGGUUUGAGUCAGAAACAUUUUCUGAUUGGUUUUUUCAGCUGUUAUUACCAACAUUGACAAAAAUCGAAGGUAAAAAGGUUAUUAUCGGCGAUAAUUUAUCUUCCCAUUUGAAUGUUGAUGUGUUAGCAGCUUGUAAGGACCAUGAUAUUCAAUUUGUAUGCUUGCCGCCAAAUAGCACUCAUGUAACACAACCCUUAGAUGUGGCAUUCUUCGCUCCAUUGAAAAAGGCAUGGCGUGAAAUUUUAUCAGAUUAUAAAGAAUCCCUCGUUGGAAGCAGGUCAAAUGUGCUCGAAAAACAACACUUUCCGACACUUCUCAGACGACUGAUGGAGAAAAUUUCUGAAAAUAGUGCUUCAAAUUUAAUUUCAGGAUUCAGAAAAUGUGGAAUCGUUCCUUGUGAUGUAGGUCCCUUAUUAGAACGAUUACAUAACAAACAUAACAGUGUCGUCAAUAGAGAGAAUGUAUCUGAAAUAGAAAAAUUGUUUCUUGAAUCUUUGGAAAAUAAAAGGACAGAGGCUACUCAGUUUCAAGUUCGGGGAAGGAAGAAAAAAAUAACAAUUCCAGCCGGAAAAAGCAUUGCUCACGGCGAAAUCGGUUCUGCUGAUUUACCUGGGACUUCGGGAAUAGUUACAGCUCCAAUAUCCAAACACUCUCAAAAACAAAGGGCGAAUGAAGUUUCUGAAGACGAGGAGUCAGAUAAACUUCCAGAACUUGGAGAUUCAGAUGAUGAAGUUGAUGAGAUACAAGACAUGGAGGAGGAAAUUGAAUUUAAUAAAAAACUUGAAUCUGGUUAUUUUGCUAAAUCUGCGGCUGAAAAAAUUCAAGAAUCUGGUCUAAAAGAUAUCCAGAAGUCAGUUGGCGAGUAUGCUUUAGUCUUGUAUGAUGGCAAGCCUUAUCCUGGAGUCAUUACCGAAAUUGAGGGCGAAAUGGUUAAGAUUAACGCGAUGGUCAAGUCACUGAAGUUUUGGAAAUGGCCGAAAAAAGGCGGUGAAAUUUGGUAUAGUUGGGACAAAAUACUUGGUGCAAUAAAUGCACCUAAGCAAAUGACCAAACGUGGUUUGUAUUCUGUACUUGAGUGCGAUCGAUACUGGUGGAAUUAG